GGCAGUUUUGAAGUCAGCCGAAUGCGCUCCGAGUUCCUGCGCUCCGCUUUCUCCGUUGGCAGAGAGCAAGAGAGAGGGAGCGAGGGAGAGGCAGAGAGAGAGAGAGGGAGAGAGAGGCUCUCUCCACAGUAGCACGAUGGCAUCAGAUCCAGGGCUGCUGCCUCUCGUCCUGUGGACUAUAUCCUUACAGGUGCUGGGCUCCAGAGCCUCGUCCAACAAUGAAGUGAAUCUCCUGGACACUUCCUCGAUAUCAGGAGACUGGGGCUGGCUGACGUACCCAUCACACGGGUGGGACGCCAUUAAUGAAAUGGACGAGUACUUCAGCCCCAUCCAUACUUACCAAGUGUGCAACGUCAUGAGCCCCAACCAGAACAACUGGCUGCGGACUAACUGGAUCCAGCGUAACGGCGCCCACCGCAUCUACAUCGAGAUCAAGUUCACGCUGCGAGAUUGCAACAGCAUGCCUGGAGUGCUGGGAACGUGCAAGGAAACGUUCAACCUCUACUACAACGAAAUGGACCGUGACAUGGGCACCACGAUGUGGGAGAGCCAGUUCUCCAAGAUCGACACGAUUGCGGCUGACGAGAGCUUCACCAACGUGGACCUGGGGGUUCGGAGACUCAAACUCAACACAGAAGUGCGGGGCGUGGGGCCGCUCAGCAAACGAGGCUUCUACUUGGCUUUCCAGGACAUCGGCGCCUGCAUCGCCAUCGUUUCCGUGCGAGUUUAUUACAAGAAGUGCACGGGCAUGGGUCGGAACUUGGCCGUGUUCACGGACGUGGUCACGGGGGCUGACUCGUCAUCGCUGGUGGAGGUCAGGGGUCAGUGUGUGGACCAUGCUGAGGAGAGGGACACACCCAAGAUGUACUGCAGCGCUGAGGGGGAAUGGCUCGUUCCUAUCGGGCGAUGCGUGUGCAGCGCAGGCUUUGAAGAACACAGGGAGUCUUGCAUUGCUUGUGAGGUCGGCUUCUACAAACCACUCGCUGGUGACCAGCUGUGUGGGAAAUGUCCUUUGCACAGCCACUCAGAGACCAGAGCCGCUCUCACUUGCCCUUGCGAUGCCAACUACUACCGUGCGCCCACGGACCCCUCGGCUGCCCCCUGCACAAGACCCCCAUCGGCCCCUGUAAAUUUGAUUUCAUCUGUAAAUGGGACCUCUGUCAGCCUGGAGUGGGGGUCUCCUUUGGAUACUGGUGGGCGGACUGAUCUCAUCUACGAUGUGCAGUGCCAGAGGUGUGUAAAUGGUGGUCAGUGUGAGGACUGCAGCGCUGGAGUCGGGGGCACUGGAACUAGUAUCAGCGGAGGGGUUGGAGGUGUUGUAGGAGCAUUCGGAAGCUCAGGUGGAGGAACAAGUGGGAGCGGAGGAGGCAUGGUGUCUCGAACAGGAGCUGCCCCCAUUCGGUUUAUCCCCCAGCAGAUGGGGCUGACGGAGCCAUGGGUUAAUGCGGUGAAUCUGGUGGCUCACGCUAACUAUACCUUCCGCAUCCUGGUGAUGAACGGGGUCACUCAUUUGAGCAAUGAGCCGCUGCCCUACAUCACGGUUAACGUUACCACGAAUCAGGCAGCUCCCUCUCAAGUGAUGGCUGUCCGUCAGGAGAAUGCCAGCAUGAACAGCGUCACCCUCAUGUGGAAUGAACCAGAACAGCCCAAUGGAGUCAUACUGGAGUAUGACAUCAAAUACUAUGAAAAGGACAAAGAGCAGCAGAGUUACUCCACCUUGAAGUCAAAGACCACCAGUGCUAAAGUUUCCGGCCUCAAGCCUGGCACCAGUUACAUCUUCCAGAUCCGUGCCAGGACCUCGGCUGGCUGCGGCCGCUUCAGCCCGUCUGUGGAAAUCCAGACUGGAAAAGCAGUCCCCUUACGCUACAACACAGUGACCAUUAUCUGGAUCUGCAUGGCGUUGGUCACAGGGCUUGUGACCUUUCUGGCCAUUGUCAUCUGCAGAAAACGGCAAGAGGAGUACUUUGAAUUACAUUGUGGCUACAGCAAGGCUUUCCAGGAUUCGGAUGAGGAAAAGAUGCACUACCAGAAUGGCCAUGUAUCAUUUCCAGAAGCCAGGUUUUAUAUUGAUCCCCACACAUACGAGGACCCAUGCCAGGCUGUCCAUGAGUUUGCCAGGGAAAUUGAAGCUUCCAGGAUCAAAAUUGAGAAAAUUAUUGGCUCAGGAGAGUUUGGGGAAGUUUGUUACGGCCGCAUGAAGCUGCCGGGGAAGCGGGACAUCCCGGUGGCCCUGAAGACCCUGAAGGCCGGCUACACGGAGAAACAGAGGCGAGACUUCCUGAGCGAGGCCAGCAUCAUGGCCCAGUUCGACCACCCUAACGUCAUCCACCUGGAGGGAGUGGUCACACGAAGUAAGCCAGUAAUGAUCAUUACAGAGUAUAUGGAGAAUGGGUCACUGGAUUCAUUCCUCAGGAGACACGAUGGUCAGUUCACCAUCAUUCAGCUAGUGGGAAUCCUCAGAGGGAUCGCAGCCGGCAUGACUUACCUGUCUGAUCUCGGAUAUGUCCACCGGGACCUGGCUGCCCGGAACAUACUGGUUAACAGCAACCUGGUCUGCAAGGUUUCAGACUUUGGCCUGUCAAGGGUCCUGGAGGACGACCCUGAUGCUGCCUACACAACCACUGGUGGAAAGAUCCCCAUCCGCUGGACGGCUCCAGAGGCCAUUGCCUACCGCAAGUUCUCCUCGUCCAGCGAUGUGUGGAGUUACGGGGUUGUGAUGUGGGAGGUGAUGUCCUAUGGAGAGCGGCCGUACUGGAACCUCACCAACAGAGACGUAAUCAAGUCAGUAGAAGAGGGCUACAGGCUGCCGGCACCAAUGGGCUGCCCCGGUGCUCUCCACACACUAAUGCUGGACUGCUGGCAGAAAGAUCGCAACGAAAGGCCAAAGUUCUGCCAGAUCGUCACGGUCCUGGACAAGCUUAUCCGCAACCCAGAGAACCUCAAGUCAAUGGACACAUUGUGCAGACUGAACAGUCCUUUGAUGAACAGAAGCAUUCCUGAUUUCACUAGCUGCAGAUCAGUGGAUGAGUGGUUGGACACCAUUAAGAUGGGGCGCUACAAAGACCACUUUGCAGCAGGAGGGUACCAGACACUGGGUCAUGUGAUGAGCAUGAAUCAGCAGGACAUCCAGAGGCUCGGAGUGACGCUGAUGGGCCACCAGAAGAAGAUCAUGACCAGCGUGCAGGUGAUGCGAGUCCAGGUGCUAAACCAGAGCGUGCCCUCAGUGCACGUAUAAUUGCCACCGCAGCGAUCUCCAUCUGAAUACAUAUUCAUCUAAUAUGUGUUUUUGGGUUGUGUGUCUUGCGAACUGUUACAAGACUCUCUUCUAAGAAACAACGUCAAGAGGACUCUUUAACUGCAAGGAUUUCCUCAGCACCGGACUUUGUUUUCCAGGACAAUCCCUGCGUUCUUUCUUUGUUUUUGUUUUUUUUUAAUAUUCCCUUGGACUUUGUGUUUUCUUCUUUCUUUUGGUAAAUGGAUGGACUGCCUUAACCAACACAGAUAAUUUAAACUUUGGUGUAUAUGAAGGAAGAUUUUAUGAAUAUUGAAAUGUGCGAUGAUGUACAGAAAGUGUUAAAAUGAGGACAUUGAUGGGGACUGGAAUGAGAGAAUAUUGUAUAUGCAUAAAAUAAACCCUGUUGCCAGUCACCCACCGCAGCACCUAAAUGGCAUGGAUGAUACUAUGAGUGCCUCAAAAUGCUGAAUACAUACACUGGGGAAAACAAAAACUGGCAGAGAGAUAGAGAGGCAACUAUAAAUCAUCGCUGUCAAAACAAAACCUCACAUCUUUUAAGGUACAUCAAUGUAAUCAGAAUCUAUUUGUGGACUAUUUUCGUUUGUCCAUUCUGUGAUUCCAUGAAUGCGGUACCAUUUGUUUCCCGCUGAAACCACGCUGAGUAAUAAUGUUUCAAGUCAUGUGCAGAAGUCAGAGACCACCCUUCACUUAUUUAAAUUCCUGAGAUCAGACAUGAGAUCAUUUACUUGCAUCAGGACAGAAAAGUUUCCAAUCUGGAGUUCAGAAACUAUUAAUAAAUAUAGAGAAAUCUUAUGGGACCCCUAACUACCAUGGUAGACCACCAAAAACGGUCCCCGUCAGAUACGCAACACUUCAAGCUUUGAUCUCUGAGAGAGAGGAGAAGAUCAAGCUGCUUCAGAUCUGAAAACAUCCACAGGUGUUUCUGUGAGAAGACCACUCAGCGCUGUGGGUCUGAAAGGAUGUGCAGCUGAUCACGAAGCCUUUACUAAGAAAAGGAAAACGAAAAGGGAAAAUUUGCAAAAGACACUUCUGGUAUUCUCACAACGGAGAGUCCAGACCCCAACGUCAGGUCUAGUGAAAAGAAUGGAAGCUGUAAUGAAAAACUAAAAAAAAAAUCAUAAUUAGUUGUUCAGCUUCUCUAUUUUUCCAUAAAUAUAUGUUUUCUACUGUUUACGAUGCUAAAAAAGUGAACAUUUGUGCUUAAUGGCCCCUUUUUUGAUUGAAAUUGAAAGCGUGGUUUCAUAGGCAUGUAGGGAAAUGUAAAGUGUCCUUCACAAUCUUCUCAGAACACUUAGAAAACUGCAGUUUUGCCUUUUCCAGCUCAUUAUAACUACACCCACCUUAGAAUAUAAUCUUGCAUAUCAUUUUUGCAUUAAUGUGUUAGUCCAUUUAACGUCAUGCUUGGUUUAUCGUUUUUGUGAGUCAUUCACUGUAGACUAGAAAAGUCUGAGUUUGAGUGCCCCAUAUUGAGUUAACCCUGUUUCCCAAACACUCUCAGCCCUAUGAAAUACAGUAUCUGUACAUUCAACAGGAAUUUCCAUCCUCUGAAGAAAAAAUCACAUUUCCUUAUUAUUUUUCUCCAUUUUCAGUGAUUAUUAUGAUAUUGACUGGCACGCUUUGAAAGUGUGACCCUGUUAGCCAAACUAUAGACUGAAAGCAAGAUAUUCAUUUGAAAAAUAAACUUGAGAAUAUCUGUAAUGUCCUCAUAGCAUUAGCACAGGUGCUACUUAACUACAUUUGACUAUUUCUACGCUGAAUAAACUCAACACCGUAUUUCCAACCCUAAGCCAUUGUCAGUGAAGGGAUCUUGUAUAAAACCAGACAUUGUUAAAUGGAUUAACGCAUUUUUGAACGAUUAUAACAACAAAGAUAAAGCUGAUAUUUUAAGGGCUAAGUGGAUCCCUAAUCAUGAAAUCAUCCAUGACAUGUUCAAUGUAAAGGGCAGCCGGAAUUUUCCAAUGAUGUAAUAAACCAACGAAAAUCUGGGGAAAAAAAUAAAGAUGCAAGGUUUUGAUCUGACAGCAAAGACAUACACACUUAAAAGAGAUGGUUCUAGGGUUGUUGUGUAAAGGCAAUGGUUCUAUUCAGAGCCAUGAGUUAUUAAUAGAACUAUUCAAUGCUUAAACGAUUCUGGGCAUGGUGAAACGACUCGAUUCGAUUACGAUUCAGGAUGCGAUGCGAUUCUAAAACGAUUAUCGAAGCAUCUUGAUGCAACUUUUUGUCUAUACAGGAUUUCUAUCGUCUUGCUGUCUGAGGACUCGGUAGUUUUAGAGCAAAGUAUUUGUAAUGAUCCAUAAUGAAUUUACUUCCGUCGCCGUGUCAGUAAAAUAUCCGCGAGACGGGACGUGAGCAACAUAACGCAAAAUCCCUGGUUCUGAAAGAUGGAGAACUGGCGUGCAGACUGCAGGUCACAUAGCCACGAAGUCUCGUCUGGCUAGUCACAAGCAAAACGGCAACGAACAUUUGGAGGCUUAUUCGCAUUUAUGAGCACCUCAGUUGGUUUCCUGUUACGUUAAAUCUGCAGCGAGAGUCCAACACUAAAAAGUUGUGAAGAUGAAGUCGCUUCUCUUCCGAUUCUCCCGUUCCACCUUAAAUGGGGCUGCAUUUAUAUUCGGCGCCUGAGUCAGAAUUUAAGGUGGAACGGGAAAAUUCAAAGGCGACUGCAGCCUCGUAAAACUGUCAAUCAUUGAGAGACAUUUUACAAGAAACUCUUCUACUUUUAAGGAGAUGUUUUCUGGCAGAGGAGGAAGAAAUGCAGCUAUAGUUGAGCUAAAGCUUAAAGCAGAGGAAAGUAGUUACAUCAGCGUUUUUGUUUAUAUUGUUUAGCCUUACACUAGAACAUCAGCCCACGUGAGACAUCCUGGACAUUCUAUGUUGUUGCUCCCAAGGUGGUUUGACUUUUGCUGAAAGGACAAAACGGCUCUUCUUAACAUUUGGGUUGUGACUCCUGACCUAACAUGAGGGAGCCUGUCGGAUUUCUCGAUCAGCCAGUUGUGUUGGUUAUGUGUCCGGGCGCUGCACAUACUCACUUCCAAGUUCCACCCAUCGUGUUCCGUCAACAUUGUUAUGAAUUAAAUAUUUAGAACAUCGAUUUUUGACAUUGAUGAAUCGAUUAAGAAUCGCUCACAUCCGCAUCGCGAUGCAUCUAAGAAAUGAUUUUCUAACAGAGAAAGAGAUGUAUAUGUUAAAAGGGUUCUUCUGUUAUUAUGGAAACCCUUUUUGGCGCUAUAUAG